CGUAGAAAUUUGUUCAAACUUUGUAUAUAAAAGUAAAAACAUUGAAAGAGAGACUCUGAUUUAAUUAAACAAAGAACGACUGUAGAAAUACAAUGGCUGUUCCAGAAGACAAGGAGAGGGAGCGCGUGUACAAAGUAGUACUGUUGGGCAACUCACCGGUUGGAAAGACGUCAUUCGUAGAGCGCUACGUGAACAACCGAUUUAGUGAUACGUGCGAGUUAACCAUCGGAGUUGAUCGUACUGUGAAAGUUUUACAGAGAAACGGAGACACAAUCAAACUAGAGCUGUGGAAUAUUCAAGGGCAAGAAAGAGCUGCACAGUUUACUAGAGUCUGCUAUAGAGGAGCUGCUGGAUGUAUCAUUACGUUUGACUUGACUGAUCGACAGUCGUUUGAAGAUGUACAAAAAUGGAAGUUAGAUUUCGACAGUAAAGUUAGAAAUCGAGGCAAAGGCGGCUUACGUGUUCCUUCCAGAAAAGGUGGUAGAUUGAUCAUACUUCACGCAGAAUGGGAACUAGUCUCGCGCAGCCAGCCUCUCCCCUUUUGACUUUCUUGGCG